AUGGACCCCAACGCCGACGACGAUGCGCCGCUGCAGAGCCCUGGAAUGCCGUUGGACGAGUCAGACAUGCCGUUGGCAAACGCAUUUCUAGAGGAGGCGCCUCUGGAAGGCACACUACUAGCGGACCGACCGUUGGCAGGCCUAUGGCUGGGAGACACACCAAAGCCCCGAUACCGGUCCGUCCCACCCCUGCACGGCCUGUUCGAGAGACCAUCAAUGGACUAUGUAGCGCCAGAGUAUAUCCGAGAUGGCAGAAACCGAUUGCUGGGCCAAAUGAUGCCAUUAAUACGCCAACAGGAGAAUCGGGAGAUGGGCAUGCGAGAGAUGGACGAGAAGAUCCGGGAGUUGAAGGCGCAGAUGGAGGCGUUGACUGUUCCUUCUGACGACAUCUCUGAAGAAGAUGCUGUCGCGCGCCGUGAAGCAGGGAUCGAAGAGAGGAGAGUGAAGACUGUUGGUGAUGUUCUGGCAGAGCUCGAACCGGCUAUCACUCAGAGAGUGGAACGGGAGUGGGAGCGAAAGAGAGAGAAAGAAAAGAAGGAGGAGGAAGCAUUGAAGAUGAGGAGCAAGAACGCAGAGGAGCUGGAAGUGCUGCGGCUGUGGAUGAGAAAAAGAUUAAAAGAACUCCGCAAGGAGACGGAAGAGGAAACGCGGCGAGAAUGGGUGAAGAGGGUUGAACGAGAAGUGCAGGCGGAGGCGGAAGAGAACGAAAAGAGAAAGGACUCUCACCGAAACUCCAUGGGUCCGCCACCCCUUCCCAAGUCUACACUCAAGAAUCCCAGCGUGCCAGCCGCUCAACGGCAACACACGCAAGCGGGCACCGCGAACACCGCAAACACAGCGCACGUAUCGUUCGGCGCCGUAGAAGAAACUACAGCCGAAGAAGUCUUCGAUUCACAACCCGCUCCCAGAUUGAUACUCAGAAUGGGCAACCCUCCAGCCCCUCAACGCCGCGCCACAGGCUCCAGCGCCCUGGACUCCUCAGCCACCGCCUCCUCGCCCUCCGGCACCGUAGCAGCACUCAUGCCUUCACAAGGCCCCUCUCCGGCACCUGGGCCCAAACCCCCAUCCAAACCUCCAAGCGCCCGCACCGACCCCCGCCGCCGAACCCGCUACUCCACCGCCCACCGUGAGGAAGAGCCCGAGAUCCAGCCCUUCACCGCCGCACAGGAAGCGGCGGCCGCAGAGCUCCUGGGACCACUGGCCCACCGACCGUUGCGAUACCUCGCCAUGGGCGAGCUUCAGCAGUUCUUGACGGCGUAUCCGGCGUCGCAUGCGAAGCAUCAGGAGGCUGCGGCCGAGAUUGAGUUUCAAUUGCGGGUCAGGGAAAGCUGA